AUGUCAUCCAACGUUAAUCGGGAGGCCUCUCCCGAUACUCGGAGCAGCCCGAUCUCAACACUACAGCUAGAAUAUAAAGCCUACGACGAGGAAUUUCCCGAAGCUUGCUUGGGGUUAUUCUUCGCUAACCAACGUAAGGUAGGAAGGAAAUGGAAGGAGUUGGGCAUACCAGCCCCUACGGAAGUUAGUAAGGACGCCGAGGGCAAUCUCAAGCCCCAGCAUCACCAGGUCCCUCCACCUCGGAGCCAGAAACCACAUAAGGACGACGACCCCUGUGCGGGUGAGAUCGUGCCUGGCAAGGCAGUGCCAGAGGCCAAGGAACGAGAGUUCAUAGUCGUUGCCACCCACAGGGUGCGCGAACUACAGGAGCAAGGCUGGACCCUCUGGGACGCUCCAACUCCGGCCCUCGACAUCGAUAAAGGGUACAAAGAUGAUCGAGUGUUUUAUCGCUGGUUCGACGUCAACACCACCGACAAUCCGGUUGCGGACACCGCAUUCUUCCUCGGGCGAGCCAGUGACUUUCCUCUACUUGGUGAUGGCGGUUCCGACCCGGAGGUACAAGCCAAGUCUCCUUCCUUUGCCCCGUUCACUCCGGUAGAGGACAUGACCGAAACGCGUUCAGCGACCUCAACCGGUCAUAUCCAUCAACGGAGGCGACCGAUCGGUAUCGGCCCUGGUUGGGGCAGCUACGACGACUUCACUAUCUUCCAAUCAUACGAGAGAAAAUGGUCGAUCGAUACAAUGGCACCCUUUGAAGUGAGGAGCAAAUCGGGUCAAAUCAUGAGGUGCGACGUCAAACUGGAACCGUCUCCGACAACACUACCACCGCCACCCGAUAAGCAGAGCCCGGCCCCGUCACUCAAAGAAGCCCAAGACAAUACCACGAAAACAGCAGCCCAACCCCUAUCCUAA